AUGAUCAGCAACCCGGAAAUGAUUGGAAGCGAAGCACAAACAGAAGAUGAACUUACCGUUACUGUGCCGCGUCCACCCAAUGUUAAUACCCAAGCAAAAGAUGUUCGAACCUUCAUUCUAAAUGUCUGAACGGCGCUUGCAGCUCUUCUCCGACGCGGCGCCUCUCAACGUCAUCGUUCGGAAGAGGUUUCAGAAGGCCCGUCACGCCUGUACGCCAUCAAAGUGCGUCGCUCGUCUUAUCUCCUUUUUUCCUAUUCUCACAUGGCUUCCCAAUUAUGAUUGGUCUUUGUCUUUCUUUGGCGAUUUAUCUGGAGGUCUGACCAUGGCUGUUUUCUCAGUACCCCAAGGUUUUUUUUUUCACUUUUUUUAAGAAAUUCUCCCGCUUUCAGGAAUCGCUCUUGCCAGUAUAACAGGCGUCCCUCCGGUCUACGGGUUGUAUACGGCUAUUUUUCCAUCUUUUUUGUAUAUAUUUUUUGGUACUUCAAAACACAAUGCGUUAGGUUUGUUCACAGUACCUUCAGGAUUAUGAGUUUCGUUUUCAGGAGGCUUCGCGGUGCUCUCACUUAUGACUCAUGGAGCUAUCGAAAAAGUGAUGCUCAGAACUGCCACAAGCUAUAAUGCCACGCAAUAUGUUAACCAUACUGUGGAUGAAUUAGCGGCAGACAACGAGACCGCUAUUUAUAAUGUGACUUUGAUGCAGUGAGUUGAAGUCCUCCAGAUAAAAAAAAAACUUGUUUCGAAUUAUGUUUUAUAUUUUUCUUGUGCUAAAAUAAUUUUUGUUUCACGGUCUUUUGGAUUUGAUACACACUCUGUUUCCACUUUUCCAAAAUUCGCUUUAAAAACUUUCUGAAUGAUUUCCAAACAUUUAUUUUUUUCAAAUCUUCUAGGCCGGAAUGUUUCAGUUCAAAACUUUUAGAAUGAUUUAUCUUUUAAAACAAAGUUUUUUUUCCCAUUUAGCGCUCUUCGAACAGUUAUACUCACAUCUACCAGAUGAACUCAAAAUAGGUUUCAUUUUGUCACAGCCAGCCCAUCUUUACAGAAUCUUGGGCAACGAAACGUCAUUUCUUGAAGAAGUGACCAUCGAGAAAUGGACGGAAGGAGUGACUCCAGUAAAAAGAAUUCACGUCGCGACGACCAUCAUUUUUUUGGCCGGAGUGAUUCAGGUUUGUUUGCUGUGGUCCUUGCGCGAAGAAGAGCUCAUUUGAGGUGCUGAUGGGCGUUUUCCGGCUGCAGUACCUGACGUCACUUUUCUCGGAACAAGUCAUGAGCGGCUUUGUCGUGGGCGGUGGCAUCCAUGUUUUUUUCGCUCAGAUCGGAGACGUCCUCGGCAUUAGGUUGCCUCGCAGAUCUGGUCCCGGAUACUUGUACUAUGUCAGUACUCUGUAGAAAAAGAGAAUUGAUUUUAUUUCUAAAAAAAGGAAAAAGUCACAGUUUUUUUGUUUCUCAUCUUUUGUUCAAAACAACGAAUAGUGCUCCAAAAAGUGCGCUUAGAGUGAUAAUUUGUCUUCAUGCUGUUUGUUUUCAGAAGGGAUGUUCUUGAAAAAUCUAUACCGCUCAUGAAAAAUUCACAAUCUUUAAAUGAAAUAUUCAGUGAAUUCACUUUGAAGGAAUUUUUUGUUGCAGAUUAGACUACAAAAUUCGCAAAAUUGCAUCAUGAACUGUGAAAAAUUCAAGUCAGAAAGCAAACUAGUGAACCUUAUCAAAAAAAUCGCAGUAAAUUUUCAGAGGAUUUGGGAUUUAAUCGAAGGACUCAACUCCAUCCAUUAUCCCACACUGUCCAUAUCUCUGAGCUCAUUCGCUUUUCUAGUCUUGGGCAAAGAAUACAUGGCCCCAUGGCUGAGCACGGCUUUCAAUUAUCCAGUUCCUUUUGAACUUGUUCUAGUGAGUUUAACCUUUUUUGGCUCCCUAUUGGAAAACAAACUUUGAAGGCAGUUGUCGGCAUCACGGCCACGAAUUAUGCAGAACUUUCACGUCGACACAACAUAAACGUCGUCGGAAAUAUCCCUACGGAGUGAGGAACGCUUGGAAAUUUCCCUGCAAAGAAAAAUUCAGAUUUCCGCCGCCUGCACUUCCUCGAUUUGAUUUGAUCCGACAUAUUGGGCCAAAUGCCGCGGCGAUUGCGAUUACCGCAGUGGCCAUUCAUACUACGGUGGCUAAAGUGGUCGAGAAGCGUUACAAAUACAAAAUUAAUCACGGACAGGUUUUUCGACUUCUUUUCAGAAAAAAUAUUCAUCACUUUUUAGGAGUUAUAUGCAUUGGGUUUUGUUGGAGUGCUGUCUUCUUUCUUCCCAGUAUUUCCUGUGACAUCAGGAUUUGCGAGAAGCGUUGUCGGAGCCGCCGUCGGAGGUUCUACACAGGUCCCUGAAAAUUCUCCUUCCAGUUCAAAGUCAAUGACGGUUUUUAAGCUUACCUGUCUUUUCUCAUCUCUCACCCUUCUUUCCGUCAUCUUGUACAUCGGGCCGGCUCUUGAAUACCUGCCCAAGUGUAUCCUGGCCACAAUGAUAAUUGUCUCACAAAAAGGAAUGUUUGCCAAGUUUUCUGAGCUGCGACAACUUUGGCCCGUUUUCAAGAUUGACUUCGUAAGUUCCAUAGAUCAGAAAUAUCAACAAAAUUUACCUUAAGGCUAUUUGGAUAAUGAGUUUGGUUCUGACGGUUUGCUAUGAUAUGGGCGAAGGACUAUUGUUCUCCAUAUUUUUUUCGCCGUUUUCACAACGGUCGUGAGAAACCAUUGGUUGGAUUUUCAAAUUUUCUUUCAUAAUUUUGAAUUUUCUCAGGCCCAAAUGGCACUUUUUGUCCCGGGAUGAUGAAACAGAAGGUUUCAAAGAAACUAAAAAGCGGGAUUUGGACACCGUGCAAGGAAAUGUAUGCAUAUUUCGGAUGGAUGGCCCUCUAAUUUUCACGAGUAUUGAUAGGUUCACGUUGGUAAGUUGAUAUAAAGGACAAAAAAGACAACUUGAAAAAAGAAGAGAAGCAAAUUUAUAUUCUUCAGGCACUUUGGGAUUGCGUCAAAAAGUGGGAACGAUCAAAAGUCGAAACAUUCGUAACUAUCGAGCAGAUGAACUCAGGGAAAGCAGAGUAUAUAUUUGAUUCAGUGAGUGUCUCACUUUGAAAAAUGCCAGCAAACUUUUAUUAUGGCAGAACUUCAAAGCGGCUAGACGACGUUGGAAGCGCGAAAGAGGGAAUGGCGAUCGAUGCAAACUUGUCAUUGACUGUGGGGGAUUCCCGUACGUUGACUAUCUUGGACUAUCAACUCUCAAAAUGGUAGCACAGUCUUUGUAAAAACUGAAGUAUAUUAUUUUUUGAGGUCUACUCCGACUUGAUGGCAGCUGGAGUUCAAACCUACUUUGUCGUUUGCAAAUGUAAUUUGCAUCCUUCAGAUUCUAAUCAACAAAUUUUCAGCGGAAAUGAAGAAGCUGUUGAAGGUGACAGAUUUCUACACGGUUGUCGAUACCAACAGAGUUUUCCACAAAGUUGAUGAUGCAGUGAAAGCCGCUGAGAAAAGGUGUUUAUGUCUAAGAAUCUUGGAGAGUUUUCGUUUUAGCGCCUCUCCUCCGCCUGCUCGCGAAACUUUGAUGGCUUUGGCCAGUAUCAUGACGACGGAUACUGUCCUGGCGGACGAAGAAAACGAAGAAAUCGAGUCUGACAAUAUCGAAGUGCAAGAGAAGUUUGACGGUUCCAUCAGUUCGAGCAGCGAAUCUCUUGAUUUGUGCACCCAAGAAAAUAAAAAAAGUUCUGAAGAACUCCGUUCUUCAUCUGAAUCCCUUUCCGACGAGUAUUGA